ACAACUUGUGAACGAUGUCGCUGGAUUUUGACAGUGCAGCUUUACAGAUGCAACAUGAAGAGGACGAAUAUGAUCAAGAGGAUUAUGCUAGAGAGCAAGAGCUACAACAGCUACUGACGGACCUUCCUCAUGACAUGCUAGAAGACAGCGGAGAUCAGCUUUCUGACUACAGUGCACCCGAAGAACAUGAGCAAGUGCAUGAACCCUGGGACCAGGAUGCCGCCCAAUGGAACGAUCGCCCAGUUGCAACAAACCCACCAAGUGAUUAUGGGCAGGACCAGAAUGUGUUUGUCGACCGCUUUGUGUAUGACCAAGGAAACAUCCCAAGUGAAAUGCGUGCGAGUGACUGGCCUUUCCAUCACCGUGAGGCUGAAGAUAAAAGCUUGUUGGAGAUCUCUGGCGGGGUCAGUGAAAACGGAUCUGAAGGGGUCUAUUUUGGAGAGGACUACAAAGCAGCCAGCCAUUACCCACAAAACGGGGUCUAUGAUCUGCCGCCCAAUUUUCGAGCCUUCACAAAUGGCCACCAGCAAGACUUCAGUAACCAGCAUGGCCUCGUGACAAACUUUGUUGAUCCCCCGCAGGAACCCUUGAAGGUACGUCUGCGGUACGGUGGUUCAGAAACCAACGGCCAGUCUUUAGAGCCUUACAAAGUUGUGUAUAAACCCUACCAGAAGAGUGCUCAAAAAGCAGCCCCUAUUUCAUCAGAGGCAGCAGCAUUUGAAGAAAUGCAACAAGAAUUUCUAGCUACUGGUGAAAGUUCUUCAGAGAACAUGAAGAUUCUUCAGCUUCAGGUUCUCAAUAAAGCAAAAGAAAGAACUUUAGGGGAACUUAAUAACCAGCUGGAAGAAAGAGCACAGCAGAUUAGGUACCUGUCCCAUCAGCUUGCAAUUAUGAAAGAUGAAAAGGAUGGCAUGUAUCUUAGUCUCCAAGAAAGUCAAAAACUCUACCAAAAUAGCAAGGAAAGGGAAGUUCAGCUUGAAGGCCAAAUAAAAGCUCUUGAAAGUCAAAUUCAGACUCUGGCUGCUAAUGAGGAACAGCUGAUCAAACAAUCCAAAGUUGCAGAAGUCGCCAUGGAGAGCAUGCAACAGCAGCUCUUGGAACUGCGCCGUUCUGACGCUCUCCAGCGUGCAAGGGAGCAGCACGAGGCUAUCGUUGCCGCACUCCGGCAGAAACUGGAAGAGCAAGCUUCAUCUUUGCAGCAGAAACUGGAGGUGAAGAAUGCAUCGCUCCAGGAGCAGAUAGAAAUGUGUUGCCACCUAAAGGAGCACGUGAAGCAGCUUGAAAGAACUCUUGAAGAAAGUAAAUUAGAAAAAAACGAAAUAAUCAAUCGUCUGUCAAGAACUCUAGAAGAAAGCCAAAACCAGUGUGCAAAUUUAUUACAAACAGGCUUAGUAACAGAGACGAAUCAGCUACGUCUGCAGCUUCAGCAAGCUCACUCUGCACAGUUAUUAGGCAAUGAGAUGAAUAAAGCUCUUCAGGAAGAGGUAAAGGAACUAAAAGAAGAAAUUGUUCUAUAUGAAUCAGCCACAAAACAUGGUGUGUUUCUCAACGAUCCAGGUGGAAAUCUGAAUGUGGAAUUAACAGAUUCCUACGUAGAUUUGGGCAUUAAGCAAAUCAACAAGAAGACAACAUUGCAGAGCUGUUCAUUGAAUAAAGAAACCGAUAAAGGGCUUUCUAAAGAUGAAAUCGUUUCGGAGCUGAAGGUUGAAAUGCAGCGGUUACUCAACAGUAACAAAUCGAAGAGGAACCGGAUUUCUCGACUGCAAAAUGACCUUGAAGAUUGUCACAAGACUAUAGAAGAACUGAAGCAGCAGCUGGUAAAAUCAAACACUAAAGGGAAAAACAUGGAGAGUCCAUCUGAUUCCACAGAGUAUCAUUCCUCCGAUGAAAUGCUGAAGCUCAAAAAGGAAAACCAAGAAUUGCAGCAGGAGAUUGAGAGUCAUAACGCAUGUAUUCAGGAACUUCUGGAAGGCAAAGAACAGCUAAAAAACGCAAAUCAAGACCUGUGCAAUCAGAUGAGGCAGAUGGUUCAGGAUUCUGAUCGGGAUAAACAAGAAGCCCUCGACAGGUGCGAAAGAACCUAUCGACAACAUUAUGAAGACACAAAGAAAAAGCUCCUUGAGGAGUCUGCAGGAAAACACGUUGCGGAGAAGGAAAAACUCAUCCACGCCUAUGAAGAGAACAUUGCUCAAUUAAAGUUGGACAUUGAUGACCUGAAUAAAGAGAUGAUUGUAGUGAAAGAAUGUUACCUUGCCGUCUGCAAGGAGAAAGAUGAGCAGGCCGCCAUUUUGAAAGCAGCAUUUGAACAAGAGCGGCAUCAGAGAGAGGCAAAGUUACUGGUGGAAAAGGAAGAUUCUUUGAACAGACUAAGGAACGAACUAGAAGAAACAUACAAGAAUUCCAUGGAACUAACAAAGAACCAGUGGCAGAAGGAAAACGAAGCUGACAUAAGGCAGCGCCUUGACAAGGAUGUGGAACUUGCCAAAAACAUUUGGGAGAAAGAACAGAAAGAGGCCCAAGAGCAGGCUUGUCAGGAAGUUGAAAAAAAAUGGCAACAAAGACUAGCCCAGGCUUUGGAAGAGACCAAGAGGGCCACGGUGGAACUCAAAGAUCACGACAGCCAAACGGAUGAAACUCUGCGCCAAGUGAUUGCCGGGGCGGUAGAGGAACAAACGUUGUCGUUGAAGGAGGCUCUGAAAGCAAAGGAAAGGUCGUUGAGGGAGCAGGAAGCGAACUACCACGAGAGCAUUGCCACUCAGGUGGAAGCAGCUCUGACGAAAGCUCGUGCCUUGUGGCUGCAAGAACUUACCGACCUCGAGGAGUACAAAAACCACUUGAAGGUAGCCAAAGAAAAAUGGGAAAAGGAAUCGGAAAUCAGCACAGCAGAAAAGACUUCUGUGUGGCCUCUUUAGGUAUCAGCGGCUGAAGAGAGAUGGAAGAAGCAGCUUGAGACCAGCGAUGAAGCCCGGAGAAGGAUCAAAGAGCUUGAAGAGAAGGCGCUGUCCCUCCGAAGGGAGCUGGAGCUGAAGCAAGAGGAGAUCCCCUCGCUCAUCAAAGCAGAGCUUGCGAAAGCUCAUUCUCAGUGGAUUAAAGAAAAGCAAGGGGAGAUCCUCAGCGUGCAAGACCAAAACGAAAAAGAGCGCCGCGCCCUUUUGCAGGACCAGAAGGUUAAACUCGCCGAGAUGUUUGCAAAAGCCAAAGAAGACUUUGAAAGUCAAAAGAAAGAAUUGCUGGACCAAAAAGAAGCCGAGCUGAAGACGUGCCUCGUCAGGAAGCAACAGGAAUGGGCUGUUCAGGAAGCCAAAAGACUUCAAAACGAAGUCCAUCAGUACGAGGACAGGAUCCUCGUUCAGGUAGAACUUCUCUUAGAUGACCUCCACAAGGAUUUGAUCCAGUGUGCAAGUUGUGAAUGUGCUUGGGAAACUAAGUGGAACGUGUCUCCCCCUCUUCAGAUCAGUCACCAGUUCAAAGACAAACUAGCAUUUUGUUUGCAGAAAGCCUACCGAAGCACGGUCAGCGCCAUUCUCGAAAAAGCAACGAAAAAGUGGAACCAGAAACAUGAACAUCUGGGCUCCGUUUUCAAAGAUUCGGAUGACUCUUGCAUGCAGAACGGUGAAGGGGAGCCUGGAGACAAAUUCAGGCCUUCCACGUAUAACAUUGGGCAGCAAGUCGAACUACAGCGGAUACUAAGGAAAUAUCCACCUUUGCAGGAGACUGAAAUAGAUCUUGCCAAAAGUAACCAGUAACUUUUCACAUUUGUUGGUGCAGAUUGUAAAUGUAAAAAAAGAAAUAUGUCAUCACAAGACGAGAUUUGUUUUGAGCAUUAUCGACAGCAGCUGGAAAAAAAGGAAAAAGAAUGUGAGGAUUUGAAAAAGAAACUUGACAAAGCUUGCAGGCAUCUCCAGCUUGCUGUGAAGGAACAAAAAACAAAGUCUGAACAAGCCCAAGAGAAUGAAAAAAUUAUGAAAGCCCUCCUGGAAGAAAAUUCUGCAAUGAAGAACCAACUUGAUGAUUUGAAAUGUGUCAACAUUCCUCCCAGGUCGUCCUCAGAAGGCUGUGUCUCAAGACCUUGCUGUUCGUGUAAUGGAAAAGCUUUGGAAGAGAUGCGUUCCCAGUAUCUUAAAACAGUGAGCAAAAUUAAAAGUGACAUGCUUCGUUACAUCCAUGAAAGUAAGGAGAGAGCAGCAGAAAUUAUAAAAGCUGAAGUUUUAAGGGAACGGCAGGAGACUGCCCGAAAAAUGCGCAAAUAUUAUCUUAUUUGUCUUCAACAGCUUCUGGUGGAUAACGGCAAGCAUGAAGGGGCUGAAAAGAAGAUAAUAUGUGCUGCUGGCAAGAUUGCUACAAUGGCUAAAAUAUUAGAAACUCCUGUUCGGAACUCAGCACUAAAUAAAACCCCACACUCAGUCCUACCCCAAAGCUCCAAAGCUGAAGAAUCUAAAGCGAGUUACACUCAACAUUCUAAGUCAACCCCAAAAGAAAAUCAAACACAUGAUGAAAACACGGGCAAAACACACACACCUCGUAGCUUGCAGCCACAGCUUGAUGCCGCGAGCGAGUCGCGCCUAGUUUCUCAAACGCAGAUGGUCAGGAAAGCUUUUAAGCAACUGGACGAGUCUUCAGUUGGUGCCGCCCCCGCAGAAGCUUUCGGCGAGGAAGAGCUUGGAAACAAAGGUCUACCGUGUAGGGUGGGAACAUUCCAGAAUGCUUCCUCUUACGGGUCCCAAGGAAAGCUUCAAAGUCUUCAUCCCGCUGCAGGGGAUGGCUCUGACUUUGGAACCGCUGGCGAAAAGUAUAAGUAUCUAAACGAAAGGCCAAGAAUAACGGAGGUUGGAGGUAGCCAGACUACUAGACAGUGGAAGGCAAAAUCUGGGGAAACUCCAGGUUUUGAAGUUCAAGAAACCCCAUCAUUCCUCACAUCCCCGAGAGCUAAAUGCAUUGCAUUUUACAAAAAGGAACGGAAUGAGUACGUACCUCAUGAGUACACGACACUAUUAAUCUCCCGUGAAUGA